GUCGGUCCGUCGCUGGCGUCCCGAGCGGUUGUGCUUUGGCCGUGCGUGCUUGGCCCCGUCGUGUUUUGCGGUUCGCGACGUGUACGCAGUUCGAGCCCCCUGCCGGCGUGUCGAAGUGGUGCGGACCCGAGUCCCGGGACGAGCGGCGUAGCAGCGUAGCGAGUGCAAGCUUCGAGUUUCGAGUUUAGGGGUUCCAACUCGCAGCGGCCGGGCCCCGUGUCUGUGGUUCGUGACCGGACUUGGACUUCCGAGCAUCCCUUCCUCGCCGGACUCUGCCUUCACCUGCUGACACGAUGCUGCUGGUGGCGCUGCUGCUGCUGACGGCGCAGCGCUGGGGCGCGCUGGCGGGCAGCUGCCGGGAGUCGAAGCUGUGCUGCCCGGGCAGGGACUCGUCGUGCGUGGUGCAGAAGGCCCCCAUCAACGCCAUCAUCGAGGACCUCAGCGACAAGCCCUGCUACUGCGACCACGCCUGCCUCAAGCUGGGCGACUGCUGCGGCGACUUCAAGGACGCCUGCGGAGUGGUGGACUGCCGCAUGUCGGCAUGGGGCCCCUGGUCGGACUGCGACGCGGAGUGCGGCGCGGGCCGCAUGACUCGGUCCCGGACCGUGGAGAGGCCCCCCAUCAACGGCGGCAAGCACUGCUCCGCCCUGGUGCAGAAGCGCGCCUGCAUGGGGCAGCGCUGCCCGCGCGACCAGCGCCAGGCCGCGCUCAGAGAGACGGCGCUGCUGCUGCCCGCCGCCCUGGGCUGGAGCCGCGAGGCGAACGCCACGCACGACAUCCGCCGCAACCUGCGCCUGCGCUACCCCAAGGACCCCGCCGACGACAACGAGUACUGCGUGCCGUUUGAGGUGAUCAAGGCGUCCAAGGCCUGCAGGAAGGAGAAGGGAUUCACCGCCCUCAGAGAAGGUUCCCGCGUGUGCGUCCGCUGCGAGUCGCAGGCCAUCCGGAAGUCGCUGGGCUACCGCUGCCAGGGCCACGGCGUCGUGGACCGCGCCACCCGCUGGUCCGCGCUGGCCGCCACUCACUGCCACGGCAAGUGGGUGCGCCUGGAGAGCGACCAGCCCGAGCCCGACGCGGACGAUGAAAUGCUCGGGGACUCUCCGGACGAGAACCAGGUGGUCGACGAGGACGACGCCGGCGGCUCCAAAACGCACCGCCACAAGGAGCAGAAGGACAAGGCCGUGUCACUCGAGUGCCCGUCGUGCAAGAAGGGGGCCUUGUUCAUCUUCGUGUGAUCACGCAGCAAGUGUUCUUCUUCUUUUUAUUCUGUGUCAAAAACGAAGAGACAAUGCACACGUAUAGAGUCACUUGCGAAAUGCAAAGAACCGUGUCUGACAGUCCGUGCGACUGCGGGUCGCCGCUCUUUUGCAUUCCGAAAUGUGAAACGUGGUGAAUUAUUUUUAAAUUCGUUUGUUCAUGAACUUGUAGCGGCGGGUUGAAAGCGUUGUGUUUACCAGUGACGGCUUCUUGGUGCGUGAAAUAGAGCUAGACGUCGUUCACCUUCUCCGACCCGUGUCCGGUUUCGAAGCCCGUUUUUGUUCCAGAUAUUUUCUGUGUGCGUCUUCAUUUCGUUCUCCCCUCUCAAGCUUGAACUCGGCUUUUGAGAUAAAUGUUUUAACUCGUAGUAAACUUUAAAAUAAAGUCAAGUGGGAACAAUAACACAGCUAAAUAGGGCGGAUGUGCUCUACGUUGAGAAAAAAAAAACAUAUAUAUGUACUUUUAAGAAAACUGUUAAGUUUAUGCACAUUAGGCCUAUGUAAAGUUGUACCUUGUCCUUUGUAAAUAUUUUGCUGUCAGGCUCUUCAGAAUCUCAGAAAGUGUGGAGCUUUUCUACAAGUCGACGAACAAAGCUCCCAGAUGCUUUUUCCUUUUAUGAAUUUGUUACGAUAAGUAAGUGGAGUGAAUGAGUAAGUAGGGUGGUGACAUCUGCUGGCUUCAAUGGGGCUUUGCGCGAAUUUGCCAUAUAUUUAUUUUUAAUUAUGGAUGACAGCUGGGUUUGUCAUCCCAAGAUGCAUUCGGUGGAUACUGUCACUGUCGAAAGAUAAAAUACAGUAUCGCUGCAGUUCCGUACAUUAGAGAAGGAAUGAUUCAGGGCACUCUGAAAACCUUACAAACUAUUAAAGCCUGAUAUAACAAAGCAUUUUGAUCAUAUGUAAGCUUACAAAGGAAAUACCUUGUGAUACACGAAUUAUUUCUUCAUAUUACCAACUAAAUAGUUUGUACCUUACUUAUGCUCAAAAUACUUCAAAAGGUUUUAAGUGUGCGCCUGAGAUGACAAAUGUCAUUCUCUUUUCACUGAUAGUACCACACUUUGGGUUGAUUGACUGAGGAAUCGAUCGCAGAAAACCGAUCAAUAAUCUCAGUUUCACAACUAGGUGGAAAGGAGUUUGUAUUUUAAGUGAAGACACUGUUGAAAGAACCUAGUUCUUCCCUGAAAAGUAGCAGACUUUCCCAGUAUUUUUCUUGACUUUGUUUUUGGCUGGUGCUACUCCUUCACUAGAGUCUUAUGCAAGAUUUUAUUAUUGAUGGUGCAUUAAAUUCAGAGGCAUUCGGUUGUCGAGCGAGUAACUACAUCUUUAGAAUUUAUGUAUUUUGGGUGGGCAAUGGGGUUGUUUUGGUGUGCCACCUUCUCGACUGAUAUAGCCAUGUAAUUAAAUUAAAAACAGCCACCAUAUCAGGCAGCAUUGUUCUGUAGUCUUGGACAACAUGAAAAAAAUUGUAGGUUUCUUUUGAACUUAAAACUAUUUGGUGUGAGUGUGCAACAUAUUUUCAUAUCAAGUGUCACAUAAAAGCAAUUGCGUUGUUUUCUCUAAAUUUCCGUAUGUGUUUUUUCGUGAGCUUGUAAUAGUAGUUAUAGUCUUCUCAUAGAGCUAUGCAAUAAUGAUUAUUUCUAGAGCAUAUUUUAUAUCAGUUGAUGUUACUCAUAGGUUUAAGGUGUAGUUAAAAUACCAAAAUCUUACUUUUGUAUUUAGUUAGUCUAUUCGUUUUAUUCGUUAGAACGUGGCGAAUAACUCGGCAAACUGUAUCUGGAUUUUUAAAUUCCUUUGGCGUGACGAAUAAAAUGUUAUUUUCUCGUA